AUGUUGGAUCCUAACAGUUUGAAUCAUGAACCAAAAUUUAUUGAUAUGUACAACAUUGUGCAUAUUGAUGAAAAGUGGUUCUAUAUGACCAAAAGAAAAGAGAACUACUAUCUACUUCCUGAAGAAGAAGACCCCAUACGGACAUGUCAAAGUAAGAACUUCAUUGGAAAAGUUAUGAUGUUGGUUGCAAUGGCUCGUCCGAGAUUCAAUGAUGAAGGAAUCGAAACAUUUUCUGGAAAGAUUGGGGUUUUUCCUUUUGUCACUUUUCAGGCUACACAAAGACGGAGUAGAAACAGAGAAGCUGGGACUAUGGAAAUAAAACCCAUUACAUCAGUUAAAAGAGACGACAUAAGAAGAUGUUUGCUUGAAGAAGUUCUUCCCCAGAUUCGUGAGAAAUGGCCUAGUGAGGAUGUCGGAAAAGUUAUCUUUAUUCAACAAGAUAACGCAAGAACGCAUGUGGCUCCGAGCGAUGUAGAAUUUCAAGCUGUGGCUUCACAAAAUGGUUUUGACAUUCGAUUGAUGUGUCAACCGCCAAAUUCUCCAGAUCUAAAUGUUCUUGAUCUUGGAUUUUUUAGUGCUAUCCAAGCAUUACAACAUAAGGUAUGUCCGAAGAACAUUGAAGAGCUUAUUCACGCGGUGACUACGUCUUUCGAAGCAUAUCCACCGAGAAAGAUAAACCACAUUUUCUUAACUCUGCAACUGUGCAUGCAAGAAACAAUGAGAAUUGGAGGAUCUAAUAACUAUAAAAUCCCACAUAUGAAGAAAGAAGCGUUGGAACGAGAGGGUCUUCUUCCUUCACAAAUAAUAUGUAAUUCUACUAUAGUAGAAAAUGUAAUAAACCAGCUAGGAGUGUGA